AUGACUGCACCCAAUCAGGGCGACAGUCAUGUAGAUUCGGACAUUGGGGCAGGUGAUACGGUCCGCCGCCUGUACCACGAGAUCCCGACAACUAGCCAGGCUCCCACAGCCGCCACCGGGGCGCCUGGGCUGGCCGACGCCGCCAUCAUCAUCAACAACGCCAAUCAGCUGCGGGACGGAUUGGUAACUCCUCCCGUAGGCAUCGACGAACCCCUCUAUGCUACAUGUAGGCAGAUGAUAGCGAUGGACCCGCUGGAUAUUCCAUCGCAUGUGCACGUCGGCAAGGGAAUUUCGAAUCGGGAAAGCCAUGCCACACACCGCACGACUACCGUUGAUAACUUUGAUGACCGAUCGGUAUACUCCAUGUCGACCGCACCUCGUGGAGGACCUAUGGUGCAACGGCAGCCGCGCCUAGAGGUUACAGUACCCUCGCAAGCGAGGUCCCAGUCGUGGUCAGAGUUGAAUGUAGCGGCGCCAAAGCCAGGCGGGGAUGAGUUUCUCAGGAGCUUCCCUUGCGAGUUUCGCGGUCUCUCAAACUGCUCCAUGGAGUUCGCCUUUGACCAGGUCGAGCUAUGGAUACAACACAUCGCCGACGACCACCUGGGCUGUCGGUUCCCGCACCAAAGCUGCUGUUGGUUCUGCAGCGCGAGGUUCGUCGCCAAAACGAGUCUCCGUGAGGACAGGUCGCGUGUCUUUCGCGAGCGCAUGUAUCAUAUCGCGGAUCACCUUAAUAAGGAGACGACGGCCGCGGAUAUCCGGCCAGAUUUUCUCCUACUGGAUCACCUCUGGGAAUACCGCAUAAUUGAUAAGGAGACGUUUCUAAGGGCCAAGGAAAAGAGCGAAAGGCCUCCGAUGCCCCGAGAUAUAACGUUCGGCCCCCCUACGGCCACGCCGCCUAGAGGUGAAAUGUAUCCGGAGGAACGACGGGACCGGCACCAUCCCAAAGGGACAACACGCCGGAGGACUCGCAAUGAAAAGUGA